AAAAUAAAUAAAAGGAAAGGAAACUUUCAAAUUUCUGUUUCAACAAACUUGGAAAGGCAAAGAGAGGAUAGUAGUAGUAGAGAGACUAGAGAGGUAUAAGCAUACGAUGGCUAGGUUGGUGGCUGUGCAGCAGCAAACUCAGCCUUCUUUCUCUCUUCUUCCUUCCUCUCUCUCUGACUUCAAUGGCACCAGACUCCACUCUCAAGUUCAGUGUAAGAGAAGGGUAUGGCAGACAAAGGGAGCACUACAAGUUUCAGCAUCAAGUUCCAAGAACAUUCUGAUAAUGGGAGGCACUAGAUUUAUUGGUGUGUUUUUGUCUAGACUUCUUGUCAAAGAGGGUCAUCAGGUGACCUUGUUUACCAGAGGUAAAGCACCAAUUACUCAACAAUUGCCAGGUGAAUCAGACCAGGAUUAUGCUGAUUUUUCUUCCAAGAUCUUGCAUUUGAAAGGAGACAGGAAGGAUUUUGAAUUUGUGAAAACCAGUCUUGCUGCAAAAGGCUUUGAUGUUGUCUAUGACAUAAAUGGCCGCGAGGCAGUUGAAGUUGAACCUAUACUGGAUGCUCUACCAAAGCUUGAACAGUUCAUAUACUGCUCUUCAGCUGGAGUUUACCUCAAAUCUGAUCUUUUACCGCACAGCGAGAAAGAUGCAGUUGAUCCAAAGAGCAGGCACAAGGGAAAGCUUGAGACAGAGAGCUUACUAGAAUCAAGGGGCGUCAACUGGACUUCUAUAAGACCAGUCUACAUCUAUGGGCCCUUAAACUACAACCCUGUUGAAGAGUGGUUCUUUCAUCGGUUGAAAGCAGGCCGCCCGAUUCCAAUUCCCAACUCAGGAAUUCAAAUGACUCAACUUGGUCAUGUAAAGGAUUUGGCAAAGGCUUUCAUUCAGGUUCUUGGUAAUGAAAAGGCCAGCCAGCAAGUAUUUAACAUAUCAGGAGAGAAGUAUGUCACCUUUGAUGGAUUAGCUAAGGCAUGUGCGAAGGCUGCUGGGUUCCCAGAACCUGAGAUUGUUCACUACAACCCUAAAGAUUUUGACUUCGGGAAAAAGAAGGCGUUUCCAUUCCGUGACCAGCAUUUCUUUGCCUCGAUUGACAAAGCAAAGCAUGUUCUUGGAUGGGAACCCGAAUUCGACCUCGUGGAAGGUCUUGCAGAUUCUUACAACCUUGACUUUGGCAGGGGAACAUACAGGAAAGAGGCUGAUUUUUUCACCGAUGACCUGAUUCUAGGCAAGAGCCUUGUUCUUCAGGCCUAGAUCAUUCAUCUUCUUUUCUUCACCUGUUUCCUUUCCUUCUGCUAUCUAUUUUUCUUCUCCCAUCUUCUCUGUCUUCUAUUUGUUUCCAAAUUUUCCACAAGUUCAACAAUAACAACAAGAAGUUGAAAUAUUUGCAAUAUAAAAA